AUGCCAUCGAAGGUAUCCGCUAUCCCGAGGAGAGAGCCGCGAAAGGCUAGUGCGAUGUCUGCACCAACCACUUCAGCAUCAGUACAGGGGUCGCAGCCAACAUCCAUGGGCCCAAAAACACGACUGCCAGUGCCGUCUCAUCUGGCUCUGACCACGGCCUCGAGAACCUCUUCAAAGAAACACCAACACACCAGAAGCGUGGCCAGUCCAAGCACAAAGAUAGCCCAAGCACCACGACCGCAGCCGACUCCAUCGAGUUUGAAGUCGAAGAAUCCACUCAGCAUUGAGGUCACCAAGCGUGGACCUACUGGACUUCUCACCCCAACAUCACCUCAGUCACCAAAGUCAUCCGCACCUGAGCUCUUUGCGUCCCCGAAGGCUCCUAGGAAGGAAGACCAGACUGCGGAAGUACCCAAGAUCGUCACUCAGUUCAAAUCGCCUUCCUCGCCCACAAAGUCGCCAUACAUGCACGCACAUAUCGGAGACCCUUGCAUUCCUGGAGCUCUGGUACACCAGCUGUCGUGCGGUCACAAGAUCAUCACUCGGAUCCCCGAACAGUGCAAAGCCAACUGUCAACGACCCUUGCCGGAAUGCAUGGCGAAGUUUGCAAAUGCCAAGCACGAGAGCCACAUGUUCGUUUGCGGUACGUGUGUGGAGGAGCAUGUCGAGAAGCAUCGUCAAGCCAAGCGAGCCUUGUUUCUGGAGACGUUCGAGAAGACCAAGCGCCACAUGGGCUGCAUCCCGGAAGGUUGGAUAGAGUCGCAGAUGGAGUAUUGGGAACGUGUGUGGGAGAACGAUAUGCACAAGGAGAAGGCUGAGUUUGCAAAGCUUGGAGAGGUUUGCACUUCUAUUCCAGGCGAGCCAGGACCUGUCGAGUUGCCACCUAAGAACGUUGUUGGAAAGACGACGUCCAUGUCCUCAGGUCCUGAGAAAAAGUCGAAGAAGGCCAUAGCAUCGCCGGGUACACUUCGACGUGGCAAAGCCUGA